GUGCCAUAUAUAUAGAGAGAAGGGGAAACUCGACUCGGCACUCUAAAGCACACAGCCUCCGCGAUUGCAGUGGAACGAAGGGACGAAGCGAUCUUCCGACACCAUGAAACUUACGCUCUUCACAUUAUUAGCUUUGUGCCUAAUAGCUCUCUGCAGGUCGGCCGAUGAGGAAUACGAUUACGAGGAAGAGGCAGUGGCCGCUGUGACCCCAGCCCCAAGUAAACCAGCACCUGGUAGACUGGGAGGACUCUUAUCCUCGAGAGGACGAGUCAACGUCGGUGGAAGAAAAGCAACGCCGGCACAAUCUACGACCGCUAAACCAGUCGAGCAACAACCAUUGGAAGAGGAAGAAGAGGGUGAGGAACUGCUCGAGGAGAUUCACGAACAAGAGGAGAUCGUCACUACGACGACCGAAUCUUUGAAAAAGGUUCGAGGCGGUGUUAGACCUUUCAGAUCAAACGAGGAUCUGAUAGCCGCAUUGAAAAGGCGACGUGCUCAGACUGGACCAAGUACUCAUACUCGUGAAACCUCAGGUACACAAGCUCAAACGGAAUCAACGACUCUGAAGUCGAGAACGUCGGCGAGCGGUCGCAAUAAAGCUGGUAAUUCGGGUGGAGGAGAAUCAAGGACAACAACAGCGAGCCGUGGCAGAUUUGGUUCAUCGAGAGGUAAACCUGUUCAAGAAGAGGUCGAGGAAACGCAACAAGAAGAAAUCCAAGUUAAACCUAAACCUUAUCGUAGGGGAUAGAUAUCGAAAGGUUUUUAAGAAUCAUAAGAAAAGAAAGAUAAAUAGAGAUAGAGAUAGAGAUAGAUAGAUAGAUAGAGAGAGAGAGAGAGAGAGAAGGAGAGAGAAAUUCUUUCUCUUACCUAAUUUUCCGCAAAAGCAAACGAUCAAAGUUUCUCUAAAGCGUAAUAUAACAGCAAGAAACGAUCUUUAACUUCGUCCUUGUCCACGUGUCCUUGACCUUGCCUUUUGCUUUUGCGUAUUAUAGAAGUAGAUAAUAUUAAUUAACCUUAAGUUAAAUUCAAAACGAAACAAGAAGACGUAACCUAUGGAAGAAAAGUAAAAAAAUGAAACAAAAAAAAACAAAAAAAAAAAAAACAAAAAAAAAAAAAAUAAAUAAAUAAAUAAAAAACGAAACAAAAAAAGAAUAU